AUGAUGCUGCAACUGCAAGAAUACCGUACACGAGUCCGCACCGCCUUCCAGUCCACAUAUCGACAUCCCCUAGCAAUCGCAGCCUCAAACACUCCAGGAUCUCCAUCCAAACGCGAUGCACAUAGUGGAAACUACUGUCGAAGUCGCAUCCUUGAGUCCUCCAGACAACUUUUCACUGCUGAAGCACGUAGUAGAGCGCGUGCUGCCCCGCUCUCUCCCAGUUCUCCGCCGCGCUCGACGCUGAAAGCCGAAGGAGGCGUCGCGUUCCAUCGCACGACCACUUCAUCUCGUACAGCGGUCAAGUCCUCCCUCUUCGCACUCGGACCUGGUCAAUACGACGUCGUUCCCCGACGACCCGCUACAACCGGCAGCGUCAAGUUCAGUCCGGCCGACAGGUUUCGAGAGCACGCGGGCGGCGGCAUCGCCGAUUCACACGCUCCAGGACCUGGCCAGUAUCUCCCUGACGAUCGCUUCAUUGCUAAACGCUCUGCUCGCGUCGUGUUUUCCCAACUUCCAAGACAGACGCAGACGGCGGAACCCCCUCGAGGGUCCAUCGCGGUGGCUCCAGCGACAGCGGACGUCGUGUCGAGCUACUACUACGUACCAGCCAGCGGCUUCGCAGCACCAGGAGACAUGGCCUCGAAGAGCGGAGGUGGAAUUCCCAACUGGAGCCGUAGCCCGCGAUUUCCAGGUCGACGACGAGAGAUUUUCCAAAACUCGGCUCAGAACUCGCCUGCUAUCGACUAUAUUGCGCGUAACAAGGCGGCAAUUGAGAGCAUGUCUGCCGAACAACGACAACGAAGACGGAUGCGAGAGGCUGCUAUCAAACCGCAGCCAAGAAUCACAGUCUCGCAAGCGUGGAGUACACUAGUCGUGCUUUCUGUCGCGCAAACCAAGUUCGUGAGGCUGCUCGUCGUGGCCGCAGUAUUGCAUCGACUCCGUCGUGCUCAAGAACUGCGCUACAAACGCAUCACCUUCCAGUCCUGGACACACGUCCGCGAUCGAGAGGCGAUGCGUUCCCUAGCGGCGGCACUUAUCGCGAGUAGCACCUUCAGCUAUCGCCUCAGGCUACGAGUUGAGCGGAAGAUUCGCGCUGCAAACCUGCUGCGAAGUUUUUUGUCUGGUCUUUCGGUGGAUGUUCGAUUCGCGAUGGCAGUUCGACGGGUGCAGCGCCGGAUUAUUGUGCUCCAGCGCUGGUGGCGCCGAGCGCGGCUUGUUGUGCGCGCCCGCGAGCAAUGCUUAGCGUACAAGUGGCUGGUUGUUGAGCACCGACUGCGCACGGAGCAUAUCGCACAGAUGCCCCACUUACAGAGAGUGUUCCAGCCUCCUGCGACCGCAGGCGCGUUCUCUCCUGCUGGCGCGUCUAGCGCGUUGGCAAAGAGGCGAGCCUCAGUAGUAGGCGCCUCAGUUCAAACGGUGGCGGUGGAAGCUCAGCUUCCGUUGCAUAAGCUGCUCAACCUUCCGGAGCAGAAGCGAUGGUUCACUGCGCGGUUCGUAUUGAGCCCUGACGGCGUCCUACGAGCGUACGCUACGGAUUCGGAACGCUUGGAGGUCGAAGUGAAACAUUUCCGCUGCCAUGGGCACGGAUUUGCGAAUGCAUCUCCAAGUUCGACACGUGGGGCUGAGAAUGAAGGGGAUGUCGAGUGCAGACCGUACUUGAUGGUGUUCAGGCCUGGUGCCAGUCGAUUCGUGCUGAUCACGGAUGCCUCGAGUCUCGUUCUAGCGCCAUUGCUCGACUGGAAAGACAAGCUGGAGCGGCUGGCUGGAUACCCGCUCGGCUCGCCCUUCCCCGGCGGUGGGUCCCAGCGCGACAUUGCAGAUAUGCUCGCUCAAACCAACAAUGCCGAGCUGGAGGAGGCGGAAGAGGCCCCAGGAGGAAGUUCCCGACGAAUAAGCAUUCCCGGUGGCUCCAACGGUGAAAGGGUCACUUCGAUGUCACAAGUUCGCAAGCGGAGCAGCCGUCAGCGUCUGCGUCGCAGCAAUGCCGCUCAGCCUAUCGCUGAAGGCGAGUUGUCCUAUUACGUCGUGGAUCUGCUUCGUGACUGUCCGCGGAUUCCAGCGCCAAUAGUGUGGGGAGCUCUUCGAGACAAACUGCGCGAAGAACGCAAAAACUUCCGAUCCGAGAUCUACCGCUUCAAGUUGGAGAUCGCUCGAUAUCAGCAACAUGAACGCGAUCGGCGUCAACUCGUCGUGCUCGACAAGUUCAAGGAGUUCUUCACGAUGGAGCGACCUCGCCACCCUCACUUCCGAAGUCUCAUAUCACACCGCAAGAUGGAAGCCCUCGUCCGCCAAACCAUCGAGUUCGUGAAAACCUCGCAGCCGUACAACCCAAGAUUCAUGCUGCCUUCAUGA